AUGUCGGUGUUUUCCAGCGGCCUCGCUUCUCGUUUCCAAGCGUCAUUCGAUCGUGUACCACAUGUAGUAAUCGGCAAGGCAGUUCCUCACGUGCAUUUUGCAUUCUACGUCCGAUUUCUGACGAUCAAUUCCAGGCUGGUUGUUCUCAAGGAUUUGCAUGGAAGCGCUGCUUCUGUGGGACGUUCAAAUGCGAGCAGUCGAGAGCCCUUUAGCCUUAUGAAAUCAACAACUCGAUACCAAGUUCCUGCUGAAGGCGCCUUUUGGCACACUCGAGAAGCUGGAGACCAUCAUAAGCUAAACACUCGCGGCGUACAGGGCACGUGCAUUUGGGGCUCCACCGGUUACACGCGAGGUUAUUCGCGAGGUGAACCCCAUGGUCUCGACAGUCGCCGCAAGAUUCGGAAAACCGUCGUAACUCGGAAGUUCUUUGUAUUUGAGUGCUCCAAAAAGAUCAUGAAUCAGAUUCACCUUGAGAUAUUUCACCCGCCGAAACUGGCGUAUAGGAUAAUAAUAACAAUGUGCAAGCCCUUCGACGAACCAGCGACAUGCAUGUCUCAACGGUUUCGGCAAGAGGGUUACAUCGCAGACUUGUCGAUGACGAGCACUUUGAGCGAAGGCAUACGUUCAAAAUUUCGUUUUCGAGUAACUCGCAAUGGUCAAAGUGCGCCUCGACAAGUGAGAGGAGAUAAGGGAAACUGUCUCCCUCGAGUCUGA